CACGCCUGGCCUUUAUCCUUGGAAUAAUUCAGGUAUUUGGUGCCAGUGAACUCUGAUUUCUGUAUCUUGGUGAAAUAUGAGUUGGCUUUCAUCCAGUGACAUAGACUUAUUGACAACUCCUUACCUGGACUACUUGUGUCUGGAGUAAUUUUGCAACAGACCAGUGUAAGUUGCAGGGUGUAGCCCAGAAGCCAGCCAGCUGACAGUUGCUUAAAGGCAUUAGUCACAGUUGUAAUUCCAAAAAUGCAUGAUUCGCUGUGAAGUGCUGCUCCCUGAAGGCAAGAAAUUUAUACUAUUAUCUACAUUUUAAGUGGUUUAAUAUGUUUACCAUGUUUACCAAGAAGUUACUUGCUUCGGAAGAUUGCAUAUGAUGAAAAUUUGUAAUAAUUUCUAAUUUUGAAUAUAAAAAGGCUUACACAGUUUUUAUUCCAGGACAAUCGGUAUUUCCCCCACCUCUGCUAAGUAAACAUUCAACAGAUGUUUAAAUAAUACUGGUUUGAAGGGAUGCCAACUCAUUAGUCUGACCAGGGUGCCACGGCCCAGUUGGCUCUUACCUGGUGACAGACAUCAAUAUCACCUGAACCAAUUGGAGAGCUCAGCUAGUCAACAGCUGCUGCAGCAGGAGCCAUACCCUUGGUUCUCCUAACUAGUACCUUCCCCUCUUCUGAGCCGGUAACCCCUCCUCCCUGCACCUGCCCAAAGAUCACUGGACCGGCAUUUUGUUUGACCUUCCCUUUUACUGCUGGCUGGAAAGGAGGAGCGUCUGACCACAGAUCCUGGAAGGCAUUUCUCUCCCUCACUGCUGCUGGCACUGCUGUGAGAACCUGCUUAUAUCCAGGACCAAGGAGGCAAUGCCAGGAAGCUGGUGAAGGCUUUUCUUUCCUCCACCAUGGUUGACAGCACUGAGUAUGAAGUGGGCUCCCAGCAUGAGGUGGAAACCUCCCCUUUGGGUGAUGGGGGCAGCCCAGGGCCCGAGCAGGUAAAGCUGAAGAAGGAGAUCUCACUGCUUAACGGCGUGUGCCUGAUUGUGGGGAACAUGAUCGGCUCGGGCAUCUUUGUUUCCCCCAAGGGUGUCCUCCUGUACAGUGCCUCCUUUGGUCUCUCUCUGGUCAUCUGGGCUGUUGGGGGCCUCUUCUCCGUCUUUGGGGCCCUUUGUUAUGCAGAACUGGGCACCACCAUUAAGAAAUCUGGGGCCAGCUAUGCCUACAUCCUGGAGGCCUUUGGAGGAUUCCUUGCCUUCAUCAGACUCUGGACCUCCCUGCUCAUCAUUGAGCCCACCAGCCAGGCCAUCAUUGCCAUCACCUUUGCCAACUACAUGGUACAGCCUUUCUUCCCAAGCUGCUUCGCCCCCUAUGCUGCCAGCCGCCUGCUGGCUGCUGCCUGCAUCUGUCUCUUAACCUUCAUUAACUGUGCUUAUGUCAAGUGGGGAACCCGGGUACAAGAUAUUUCCACCUAUGCUAAAGUAUUGGCGCUGAUUGCGGUCAUCAUUGCAGGCAUUGUUAGACUCGGCCAGGGAGCCUCCACUCAUUUUGAGAAUUCCUUUGAGGGUUCAUCAUCUGCAAUGGGUGACAUUGCCCUGGCACUGUACUCGGCUCUGUUCUCCUACUCGGGCUGGGACACCCUCAACUAUGUCACUGAAGAGAUCAAGAAUCCUGAGAGGAACCUGCCCCUCUCCAUUGGCAUCUCCAUGCCCAUUGUCACCAUCAUCUACAUCUUGACCAAUGUGGCCUAUUAUACUGUGCUAGACAUGAGGGAGAUCUUGGCCAGUGAUGCUGUUGCUGUGACUUUCGCAGAUCAGAUAUUUGGAAUAUUUAACUGGAUAAUUCCAUUAUCAGUUGCAUUAUCCUGCUUUGGUGGCCUCAAUGCCUCCAUUGUGGCUGCUUCUAGGCUUUUCUUUGUGGGCUCAAGAGAAGGCCAUCUCCCUGAUGCCAUCUGCAUGAUCCAUGUUGAGCGGUUCACACCAGUGCCUUCUCUGCUCUUCAAUGGUAUCAUGGCAUUGAUCUACUUGUGCGUGGAGGAUAUCUUCCAGCUCAUUAACUACUACAGCUUCAGCUACUGGUUCUUUGUGGGGCUCUCUAUUGUGGGUCAGCUUUAUCUGCGCUGGAAGGAGCCUGAUCGACCUCGUCCCCUCAAGCUCAGCGUUUUCUUCCCGGUUGUAUUCUGCCUCUGCACCAUCUUCCUGGUGGCUGUUCCACUUUACAGUGAUACCAUCAACUCCCUCAUCGGCAUUGCCAUUGCCCUCUCAGGCCUGCCCUUUUACUUCCUCAUCAUCAGAGUGCCAGAACACAAGCGACCUCUUUACCUCCGUAGGAUUGUGGGGUCUGCCACAACGUACCUCCAGAUCCUGUGUAUGUCAGUUGCUGCAGAAAUGGAUUUGGAAGAUGGAGGAGAGAUACCCAAGCAACGGGAUCCCAAGUCUAACUAAAUACCACCUGGAAUCCUGAUGUGGAAAGAAGGGGUUUCUGGUCUAUGGCUAGAGCUAAGGAAGUUGAAAAGGAAAGCUCACUUCUUUGGAGGCACCUGUCCAGAAGACCAGCCUAGGCAGCUUCAACCUCUGAAUUUACUUUUUGAAAUGCAAAGUAAUUUAUUUGUUUUGCUACAUACUGUUCCAGACUUUUAAAGAGGACAAUAAAGCACACUGUGGGGAGGAGCAUGUCAGGAGUGAGCUUGGUUGUUUUAGUAGCACCUGAAUAUGCCUACCUACUCUUUUCCUUUAAAAUGACCCACAAAACUCCAAUUCCCUGUCUUUUAGAGAGACAUGAAGCUGUCACAGGUGCUGGAUGGCAAUAAAAGAUUAUGUUCCUA